GACAUCGAAAGACGUUUCUUUUUCAAGUUUGCGAAUCAAUGAAUGUUAUUUAUAGUUGACAUAGGUACUACAUUGCGCUAGUAUUCAUCAGACACAUUUCUUUAUAAAGGAAGGGCGCAUGAACAAAGUCAGUGAAAAGUGUGUUAUGUGUGUUGUGUAAACAACUUGUUUUAUUCGAAUAAUAGCAACAAAAAAUAUCUCUUAGGGAGUAGAAAAUCCUAAACAGUUCAGUAAGAAUCUCGAAGGCGAGCAGUUAGUCGUGGAAAGUUUCAAUUUUGCCAUAGUGAAAUUCAGCUGUCAUUUCCAAUUUGUGUUUCCAGGGUGUACUGAGAACGAACGGGCUGACCUCGAAUCGGUAGUGGUUUUCGCAUCGAUCGUUUUUAUUUGCUUCGGAAACCUCUUGUGAAUAUGGAAAAUUUAGAUUUAUUGUUAAACGUACAUAGCAAUUUGGAGCCUCCGAAACCUGAUGGCAGUACGUAUUUGAUGCGAGGGAACUACUAUUACUAUCACUAUGGAUGCGACGGUUUUCAAGAUGUGGGAUGGGGCUGCGGCUAUCGGACCCUGCAAUCGAUCUCCUCGUGGAUUAUAGAGAGAUGUUCUCUCGACAAGAAGGUUCCAAAUAUUCCAACCAUUCAACAAACUCUAGUUGAGAUCAAAGACAAGCCGGAACGAUUCUUUGGUUCGCGUGAAUGGAUCGGAACGUUGGAGGCGAUUUACGUAAUUGACACCCUCUUCGAUGUUCCCUGUAAAGUGAUACACAUUUCGAAAAAGGAUAGCAUCGCGAAACACAGCGACAUGCUGAAGGAAUAUUUUGAAACACACGGUGGGCUAAUCAUGAUGGGAGGUGAUAUGGAUGCAUCUUCGAAAGGAAUCGCCGGUAUUCACAUCAGUGCCGAUCAGACGGUAUAUCUGCUGGUGGUAGAUCCCCAUUUUGUAGGUAAGAUUAAAACCAAAGAGGAACUUUACACUAAAAGCUAUGUAAAAUGGCAAAAAGUGGACGAGUUUGUUGAUAGCUCAUUCUAUAAUCUUUGUCUUCCGAUGGUAAAGACUAAAGAUGCACUUUAAUUUGCAUGCAAUGUGCGAGCUAGUCUGUAAGUAAAACGAAAGCGCAAAAUGUUAUUCCGACAUGCACUGAAACGAUCGCACUUUUUUCUAUCUACUCAACCAAAUUUCGAAAUCGCAUGACAAAACGAAAUAAUGGUAAAAGCGGUUUUAUUUAAUUGUACAAUUAAUAUUAAUAUGAUAUUGUAACUUGCAUUAUUCAUUAAUGUGUGCUCACAGUGGCAAAGUUGGAAUUGAAAGAACUUAGCUAAAUUGAUCAAUGUCACCUUUACAAAUCCAAUUCUCAGCAUUGAGGUAUUUUGUGCUGAAGUUAGCCUAAAACUCAAUGAAAACCAAAUAAUCGAUUAGAGAUUGUGUGAGCUCAGUAUCCAUAGCGAAAUGUAUCAACGGAUUUAUAUGAAUUAAAUAGGGAAGAUUUAUAUUGAAACAGUAAAGCUUAGCAAAUGCGUUUUCUGGAGUAGGAAGAAAUCAAUAUAUUAUAAUAGCUGCAUUUCACUAGUUGUUUACAUCGGCGCAGAGCGCGGAAAGAAUAUCGAAGCAAAAUAUUCAUAAGCUUGUAUUCUCAAUGGGACCAAGUGAGUCAAUUGGGAAGCUGACGUUUCAAAUUUAUCGUUGAAAGAAGAUAACAAAAUUUAAAUUUAGUGUAGAGCGAACUAGUUAUGAUUGUAGCCAUAUGUAUAUUUUCAUCGCACUCGAAUUGCCAUAACUUUUCAAGUUCGUAUAUAAUUGAGAAAUGCUUCUUGUACGCGGUUUGACUCUGAAGAUGUUUCCUUUCUGUAACCGUACUCACUGCCGAAUCGAUGUUCAUGUACGUUUGAACUGACUGUAAUGAAUACACCUCGGUGUCUUUUUUCGGUGGCAAUGACACGGGAAAGGGUUAUAUCAUUGGCUACUCUGAGUUGUGCGCAGGAUAUCAUUCUAUGUUUGUUGGAACCUGAUUGUAUUAUAAUUCAAGAAAGAUUAUUUUUACCGUGGUUUAUCGUAUUUAUUACAUUGUUGAUUUUAUGUCAUUAAGUGGAAAGAAAUAUUUUUAAUAUAACUGUUUCUAUGUA